UUUUAUCAAUUUUAUUUUUUUUCAAGUUUGUCUCGGCACUUCAAAUGGUCGGGCAAUGGUGGAUUAUUUUUCUAUGAACAGAUAUACAUUUUUAAGAAAAGCUUAUGAAAAUUGUCGUCAUAUAACUGGAAAUCUUGAAAUUGCUUAUGUUUUUAAAGAAGAUAUUGAAAAUGAUUGGUUGUUACAAAAACAAGAAAAUGAACAAAAUAAUGUUACAAAUAUUUUGUUGAAACCUCGAGAACCUUUUUAUUUUUUACAAAAUUUGGAAGAGGUAAGAGGGGGGAGGAGGAAUUUUUUAAAUUUUUGA